AAACACGCCAUCUACUCCAUGAUUCGAGAAGUGGCUGCAGCGCCACAAAUUUGAGGCUGACGUUUCAUCAUUUUGGGUUACUUGCAUAUCCCUCCUUUUUGGAAUCAGCAUCGGGUAAAUGAAUUCCCCGCCAUUGGGCAUGGAGGGGCAAUCAAGGUACCGAACAACGGGCACGUCGUCACAGGACCCGUUUUCUCAAUGAUUCCAUCACCAGGCAGCUCUAAAACGUUGGACUGUUUUGAGUAACAAGCCACGCGGCGCCCGACCAUGAACUGGAUAUAACCCUCGACGACUCUAACAAAGUCAUCUUCAGCUCUGCGAAAGUCACUCUCGUCUUUCAUAUUUCGCCAUGGACUCGAGGAUUGCGAUGAGGCCGACGAGGCCGCAGACCGUCAAGGAGCUGGUGGCUCAGGCGGAGAACUUCAAGUUUAACACGAACAUUCCUGUUAAGCACUGGACACGUGCGGCUGAGACGCUGUACCAAGAGGUUUGCUGCUAAUCCUAUCUGCAUCUUUGUUUGUGCGCAGCUAACGGUGUAGGCCUCGUUUGCAGUCUCGGAUGGCGAUUUCGGAAGAGCUUAUAUGAUGCUAUAUCGACACUCCAUACUCGUCCUCAAGUACAUCCCGUCACAUCCCCAGGCCAAAGAUCCCGAGAACAAAAAGGUGUACAAAGCGCUAUCGAGACGCAUACAGCGUGUCAUCCAAGAUCUUGAACAGCUCAAACCCGAGAUCGAGAAUGCCGUCAAAGAAUGGGAACGAAUGGCGCUGUCGCCAAAAGCGAACACCGAGCCCGAGCCGUCGUCACGAUAUGAACACUUUGCAGCGCGCGAUCCGAGUUUGACGGGCAAUGCAAAGAUUCUGGACGCGUUUGACAAUCAAGAUCUGGCUGUUGAUCUUGCGCAGAAGGAAUUGAUGAGGAGGGACACUGCGAGGAGGGCUACGAGACAGUCCGGAAUCACAGAUGAGGAUAUCAUGUCGAGAAGAAGAGGUGGGAGAUGGGAUCAGUGGGAUGGGGCGAGGAUUGGAGAUGAUGAGGAUCUGAGGCGGCAGAUGGAGGCGACGAGGCAUGCUCUUGAUUCGGCGCAGGAGAGACGGACUGAUGAUGAUUACCGACCGACGUCGCAUACAUACAGUUAUCCAUCGAUCUCGAGACCACGAGCCGUUGAAUACGAGGGCCAAACACCAAUACCUUCAAUACAGCCAAGUCGCCCACCGAAGGAACCCGUCGCUCCUCCACCAAAAGAACCUCUACACACACCAUCAUUACAAAGUCUCCCACCAGCUCUUCCUCAAAAAGUCCCUCUACCAGGCUACGCACCUCUCAUCCCCUCACCAUCACCCCAACCCGCGCGUCCCGAAGUCCCCCGCAAAGAAGCCCUCGACACCCCCCCAACACUCCCCAAAAAAGAGCGUCUCACCUUUAAACCAGGCGCAUACCUCGAGAACGGCGAUCCAAUACGCUCCCUCUUCAUUCCGAAAAACCUGCGCCAGAAAUUCCUCGACAUUGCAGCGGACAAUACACGUCGCGGGCUGGAAAUGUGCGGUAUGUUGUGCGGCACUCCGAUCAACAAUGCGCUGUUUGUGCGGUGUCUCUUGAUCCCGGAUCAGAAGUGUACGUCGGAUACAUGUGAGACGGAGAACGAGGAGGUCAUGUUUGAUUACUGCAUGAAGGAGGAUUUGCUGCUGCUGGGGUGGAUUCACACGCAUCCGACGCAGACGUGUUUCAUGAGCUCGAGGGAUUUGCAUACGCAUGCUGGGUAUCAGGUUAUGAUGCCCGAGAGUGUUGCGAUUGUAUGCGCACCGAAGUUUCAGCCAUCGUAUGGCAUCUUUCGAUUGACGCAUCCUCCGGGGCUGGAUCAUAUUCUCAAUUGUAAUCACCAGGAUACAUUUCAUCAGCAUUCGAUUGACAAUAUUUACCGGGGCGCGGGACAGCCGAAGGGCCAUGUUUAUGAGAGCGAUAAGCUGGACUUUUAUGUACAUGACCUAAGGACCAAAUAGACAUAGCUAAAUAGAGGAUGCAUAGCGAUGGAGUUAUGUGAUGAGGUACAAAGAGUGUCGCAAACCGUUAUCGCGCAACCUUCAGUGACUGAUUCUGGUGAGAGCUGCAUUUGAGGCCGGGUAUUUUCUGCACCUCCCUCACUGCGAAGGAUCAAUAAAGUGUUCCCUACCGCACAGUAUGCAGUCUACAGUAUGAAAACCUGUGCGAUGCAGAUCUGUACCCUGCCCAAAAUGGAUAUUGGGUCGAUCUUUAUCCCGCUGUGGAGAAUGAGAUCUAGGGAUUAAGAUUGGAUCUUGGGAGGAGUGGGGAACCGUCUCUGGGCUGAGGGACGAUCCAAUAAUGAGGAGGUCGAAAAGGGUGCAGGAUUGGCGUUAGGGGUAGGGAUCGGCGAGCUGAAAAUGGGAGCUUGGGGAGGACCGGGUGAGUGGUGAGGGAUCGACGGAGGGAACUGGGAGAGGCAGGGGAGAGAGUAUUGUCUAUUGCAAAUGAGCUGAUGCUAUUGCUUUGCCUCAAUGGCUUCUUCAAUAUUGUUUAUUUGUAUCAAGGCUGAUAUCCAGUACUGUUUACUGCACACUCAAGCAAGGGGAUCGUUUCCAAGACAAUGGAUAUCAAUACAGUUUCAGCCCCCCAAACAAAAUACACCACGUCAUUUGGUCUCUCCCGCCUCCGCACCCUUUUCCCAAA